AUGGACGUCUUUCGAGUGCGGUUGAACUGCAUCGACCAUUAUCAGGCCAUCCCAUCCAGAUAUGACCCCGUGCUACGAAAUGAUGCCCGCCCUUCGCAACUCAACAAGGGACCAAAGCUUCCUGUUGUCCGCGUUUUCGGUUCAACUGAGACCGGUCAAAAAGUCUGCGCUCAUAUCCAUGGUGCUUUCCCUUACUUAUACAUCGAGUACAAUGGCAGUUUGAAACCAGACGAUGUUGGUGCUUAUAUAUACCGGCUUCACCUGUCCAUUGACCAUGCUCUGGCAGUGAGCUAUCGCCGCAAUGCAUACGCCGAGAACCCCAAAUUUGUGGCAAGAAUUACUCUCUGCAAAGCUGUUCCCUUCUAUGGCUACCACGUCGGAUACCGCUUCUACCUGAAGAUCUAUAUGCUCACUCCCUUGGUCAUGACCAGAUUGGCCGAACUGCUUCAACAGGGAGUCAUCAUGAAGCGCAGCUUUCAGCCAUACGAGGCACAUCUACAAUACCUGCUACAGUUCAUGGCCGACUAUAAUCUUUAUGGGUGCGACUAUAUCAAAGCCAGCAAAGUCUGCUUCCGGGCUCCAGUACCCCAGCAUGACGACGACGAAGAAACAACACAUCUUUGGCACAGCCAGUCGGUUUCGGUGGCUUGCAUCACCGAUGAUGCCGAACUGCCUCGCGUCAGCCACUGCUCGAUCGAGGUUGACAUAUGUGUUCAAGAUAUCUUGAACCGGCAUGACAUCAAAGAACGGCAGCUUCACCACGACUUUACCGAGAUGCACAACCCGCUACCUGCUGACAUGAAGCUCGUUGCAAGUAUGGCCGGCCUUUGGAAAGACGAGACGAAACGCCGGAAACGCCGUAUGGUCAACCCAGCUUCUGGGAGCAGUCCUUUCCCGCCUGAGGUGCUGGUUUCCAUGUCUGCAGAUCCGCGCAAUACCCACACACCAGGGUGGAUUCACGAAGACGAAUACAGAGAACAGAUCCGCGAGCUCGUUGAAGGGGAAAGCCGUCAAAGCGAUGGCAGCGUGGUAACUUUUGACAAUUUCGUCGCAACAACGCCACUAGAGAACACCGUGAAAACAAUGCUGCAAUCUGUGGAGGAUUUGCAUCCGGAAAACCUAGCGCCUGCACUAGGUUUAUCGGGAUUCUUCGCCGAGGAUGAGGAGCCGCUGCCUGGCAGUAUUGUUGUCGACGAUGAUCGCAUCCUGGAUACCAGUAGGCCCGAUGACGGCAUGUUCCCAGAGGAUUCUGACGAAGGGACACUCACGCACUUGAAGGAAGAAAGCAGACUUUUGAAAGAAGUCAAGGCCGGCACCGAGGAUCGGUCGUCUAAUAACACGACGACUAAAAGUUCUGCCAACAGGCUGGGAGACGUUUCCACAUCAAAAUCUUCAGGAAAUCUCAGCGGUGAAAGUCAUAGCUACUUUACACCGAUGGUAUCACCAGAUGGUGUCUACGCAAGUUCUCUUAUGACAGGCAGGCUUUCUCAUAUUCCUAUUUCAGACAGAUUGAGAUCUGCGGCCCUACAGAAAGGACUCGUGAGCAAAGUCAAACAACUUGCAGAAGAUCAUGAACCAUCCAGGGAUGUCUCAAAGCGCCCUGGGACUCCUGCAGAUGAAGACCACGAUGUUAAGCGUCGCCGUGUGGAGUUUGCCUUUGAUACAUUUGAUAGCAGCCAUCAUAAAUCCGGUCAAAAACAACCUGAUCCCGAGACAUCUGCGGACUAUAGACUCUCCAGUCAGAAUGUGGAUCAUCCAUCAUCUUCACAGACUUCAAUUGGGAAGCCGAGGUCUGGUAAUAUCAAGAGCUUUGCUGCGGUGGUCAAGAAUCCGCAUGACCCAAGCACGCAGCUGCGGUUAAGCCAGCAGACUCAGCAUUCCAGCUCACAGCCAAGUCAAGAAGGCUUGCUAAAGAAGCAAGUUGCUUUUGAUCCAAUCGCGACAGCAAUAGACAACUCAGCCACAACAUCUUCUGAGGCUACGAAAAGAGGCUCUUCCAAUUCGAGUGGCAGCACCAUAAAGGAUGUGCAAACGAGAAAAGCCGUUGAUAUUGGCUGUCCUUCAAGGCCAAACACCCAGUUUUUCGUCUUCGCGGCUUCUGCCCCUUCAACUAACGAAGUCAUUUCUACGAUCCAUGAUGAUGGCCGACCAAAUGUCAUCUAUCAAGAUGCCUAUUAUAGCAACGAUAAAGACGUGCCGAUACGGUUACGAGAAUAUGCCGGUAAGGAGUUUCGGCUUAGAAGUAACACGCUCCCUUACCUUCCGGACUUCGAUGCGACGGGGGCUUCCCCUGCCACGUUCGGUAUCAAGCCCGAGAACUUGGGCCCAAGAAGCACAGAUAAGCAGAUGUACCUCAAGCGUCGUCGCGAAUGUACUCUGAGGAGUUGGGAAUUUGCAGAGCCACCCCCAACCUUUGCCGUGGUCGAGAAAUGGUGGGAUGAACAGCAACAGGUUGUUGCGCCUCAUGGUGGAACCAGUAUUCAGAUCCAAGAUUCAGAGUUGAAGCAGUAUCUCUCCCAGAUUGAAGGUGCCACGCCGAGGAAGUUCAAGUAUUCACAGAAGAAGGCGUCAACUAGCGUUCAAUUCGAGGCACAAUACAUGAGUACAAUGAGCUUGGAAAUUCAUGUUAAUACCCGGGGAAGGCUGGUGCCAAACCCGGAAGAGGACGAAGUUCAAUGCAUCUUCUGGUGCUCCAAAUCUGACCAGCAUCUUGCAGCCGGAGACAAUGCUUCUUCAGAUAUCCAGUCCGGCAUCAUCGUCUUGUCUGAGGAUGGAGUUUUAACACGCAAGAUGCAAAAGCAGACCCAGAUUGAGGUCAUUGAAGAAAUUUCAGAGCUAGACCUCAUGGUGCGAAUGGUAGAGAUCGUGCGCAACCAUGACCCCGAUAUUCUUACAGGAUACGAAGUCCACGGUAGUUCCUGGGGCUAUCUUAUUGAGCGCGCCAGAUUUAAGUACGACUACAACCUAUGCGAUGAGUUCUCCCGGAUGAAGUCGCAAUCGUUCGGCAGAUUUGGCAAAGACGCUGAUAAAUGGGGCUUCAACACGACGUCGACGAUCCGAGUCACUGGUCGUCACAUGAUCAAUAUCUGGAGGGCUUUGAGAGGCGAACUCAACUUGCUUCAGUAUACAAUGGAAAACGUGACAUGGCAUCUGUUGCACCGUCGCGUCCCGCAUUAUUCUUGGAGAACACUGAGCGAUUGGUAUCUCAGUGGCAAGCCUCGGGACCUGAGCAAAAUACUGCGAUACUACACGACACGCACCAAACUAGACAUCGAAAUCCUGGACGCAAAUGAGUUAAUCGCACGUACGAGCGAGCAAGCUCGACUGCUCGGAGUAGAUUUCUUCUCUGUUUUCUCACGUGGCUCCCAGUUCAAGGUCGAGUCCAUCAUGUUUCGAAUUGCAAAGCCUGAAAACUUUAUGCUUGUGUCGCCUGAUCGUAAACAGGUUGGUGGUCAGAAUGCACUCGAGUGCCUCCCGCUUGUCAUGGAACCGCAAAGUGCUUUCUACAACAGCCCGCUUUUGGUACUUGACUUCCAGAGUCUGUACCCUAGCGUGAUGAUUGCAUACAAUUACUGCUAUUCAACAUUUCUGGGUCGCAUUGUCAACUGGCGAGGCUCCAGCAAGAUGGGCUUCACCGAUUACAAACGUCAAGAAAGGCUUUUGGAACUGGUGAAGGAUUACGUCAACAUUGCACCAAAUGGGAUCAUGUACUGUAAGCCGGAGGUGCGAAAGUCAUUGUUGGCCAAGAUGCUUGGAGAAAUCCUGGAGACGAGAGUCAUGGUGAAGAGCGGCAUGAAACAAGACAAGCAAGACAAAACACUCCAGCAACUUCUCAACAAUAGACAGCUGGCCCUCAAGCUUCUUGCCAACGUCACGUAUGGCUACACUUCCGCUUCGUUCUCAGGACGUAUGCCCUGCUCAGAGAUUGCCGAUAGUAUUGUUCAAACCGGACGAGAGACGCUGGAACGUGCUGUUGCCCUGAUCCAUUCCGUCGAGAAAUGGAAAGCUGAGGUUGUAUACGGUGAUACGGACAGUCUAUUCAUCUAUCUCCCGGGCAGGACGAAAGACCAGGCUUUCGAUGUUGGCAAUGAGAUCGCCAAAACGAUUACAGACAUCAGCCCACGUCCCAUCAAGCUCAAGUUUGAGAAGGUUUACCAUCCUUGUGUGCUGCUUGCCAAGAAACGCUAUGUUGGAUAUAAGUACGAGUCGCGAGAUCAGGCCAUACCGGACUUUGAUGCCAAGGGUAUAGAAACGGUCCGGAGAGAUGGCACACCGGCCGAGCAGAUGAUCGAGGAGAAGGCCCUCAAGAUGCUUUUUGAGACAGCAGAUCUGAGUCAGGUGAAAGCUUACUUCCAGAAACAAUGCGAGAAGAUCAUGCGCGGUGCCGUCUCCAUCCAGGAUUUCUGCUUCGCCAAGGAGGUCAAGCUGGGCACGUACAGCGACAAGGGCCCGCCCCCGCCGGGAGCGAUGAUCAGCACCAAGAGGAUGCUCGAGGACGCCCGCGCGGAGCCGCAGUACGGCGAGCGGGUGCCGUACGUGGUGGUGACGGGCGGGCCGGGCGCGAGGCUGAUAGACCGCUGCGUGGCCCCCGAGGACUUGCUGGCCAGCUCGCACCUGCAGCUAGACUCGGAGUACUACAUCUCCAAGAACCUCAUCCCGCCCCUCGAGCGCAUCUUCAACCUCGUAGGCGCCAACAUCAGGAGCUGGUACGACGAGAUGCCCAAGAUCCAGCGCAUCCACCGCGUCGAGCAGGGCGGCGUCGGUACCGGCGCCGGCACCCUCUUGCCCAAGAAGAGGACUCUCGAGUCCUACAUGAGGGCUGCCGCCUGCAUCGUCUGCAGCAAGAAGACCAAGACCAAGAACAACAACAAUAAUAAUAACAAUGACUACGAUGGCGGCCCCGUCUGCGAGAGGUGUCUGGCCAGCGCGCCGGCCAGCCUGCUGAAGCUGCAGGGCCGGCUCGCCGCCGAGGAGAACAAGCUCCUCGACGUCCUGAGCGUAUGCAGGAGCUGCGCCGGCCUCGCCCCGCUCGACCACGUCCCGUGCGACUCCAAGGACUGCCCCGUGUUCUACACGCGCAUGAAGCAGGCCGCCAGGUACCGGACGGAGAGGGGCCUGGUGGAGCCGGCCGUGAGGCACCUGCUCGAGGAAGUCGAGAGGCGGGAUCUGGAAUGGUAG